GCGAACUGCUUUUGGGCAUUCAUGCUUUACUGCGUGGUGUGCGGUUCGGUUUUGUAGCCUCGCGAAUAAAGUGUUAAUUUCGCCGCGAUAUUGCCCCGAUAUUACGGGAAUUUCCCUCUGGAUCGGUAGUGAAAUCUGUUGUUUUGCAGUUACUGAGUGGGAGCAGUUGUGGAUUCUAGCAUAAUAAAAGUGAAAUGUUGAAGAAAAACGUGCGCCGGAUGGAGAAGUGAAAAGUCUGCCGAAGCGAAGAAAAUCGUCGAUCGAUCGAAGUUCCGCGCACGGUGCAUCAAAGCAACCAGUGGAAAUACGCUUGCACGGAAAUCUGAAGCUGGAAGUGCAAGAAGGGAGACUCAAGAUAUAUAUAUAGUUUUUUUUUGUUUUAUCACGUGCACGGGUUUAUGAUAAAGUAGUGAAACAGUUCAGAAGUGAAGGAACAACGGUCAACAUUGAUUAGGCGGUUCGUUUAUGGGUUUUGGUCACAGAGUAGUGCAAGAAAUCGCCUCAGUCAAGUGUUCGGCGAGUGCAACAGCUGGAAACGGAAUUACGCGACGAAAAGAAUCGGCAAAGUGAGUCGUCUCGUCGUUCCCGCCCGGCAGAUUGUGAAAAUAUUUAAAACACACUGCACCAUAAACCAAGAAACCGAGAAACAAAGUGCAAACAGAGUGAGUGUGAAUCCGGUUUCCGGACCCGAGGGGAGAUAAAUCAGCGGAGACCUCUGAGAAGGAAAAGAUUUGCUGAACGCAGAUAGUGGCGUGCAGAAACCAGGCAAAAACAGCAGAUUUCUUCCGCGACGGCCGGCCUUUCUAGCUCAAUGGAAACAUCAACCCACUCUCCGGGAGAGUAGAGUUGGUAGGAGUCUUCACUGAUCGGGUGCAUCCAGCAGUCGACACCCGGCUUCCGACAGAGCAGCUUCCAGUUGCUUCCGUAACUCUUAAGCACUAAGAAGAAAAGUAAAAAAUCGUCCUUCUGCCAAGUGGGUCAGCCCCACCACUCGUCAGCCUGGCUCGAUUCGAAGGCGGCCACAAAAUGGCACGGCACAUCAUGGCGGUGUGCGUCGUGUGCUUACUGUGUGCCGAUCAUUUACCCUGCAAGCAACACGACGCCACCCUGGACUCCGGCACGGAUCCUCGGUUAGCGAUGAAUUCCAUUUUGGCGGUAAACAAAGUGCCCACGGUGAAACGGCACACCCACGGGCACGACCAUGAUCACGAUCACAGUCACGGGCACGAUUACGGCCACGCGGAUGAGGAUCAGCACGAUCACGGUCGGGAAGCAGUGAUUCGGGAAAAGUUGGACACUUUUAUGGUGUCCAUUUUCAAGGAGUUUGGCGAUUCCACCUCCAUGACGAUGGAUGUGGCCGGUUUCGAGAACAUGAUGAAACGGUUGAAUAUGUAUAGACUGGUGACGGAACGGCUAGGUGGAAGUAGUAGUAGUAGCAGUAGCACAGCUUCAGCGUCAAUUCACGAUCCGGACGCGGACAGUGACGAAUCGUGCAUCAAUAGUGUUGAUUUUGUGAACCGGAUAGCGAUUCCCAAGCCGGUGGCAAUGGCCACGUUGCGCCCCGAAAAGCUCUCUCAACUUACUUACGAUAGUGCAGCUAGCAACAGCACCAGUAGCGAUAAGUCCAAUGCCACCGUCGGAACUGACGGUGGAACCAGUAGUAAUACACUUAGCAAUAGUAAUAGGACCUCCGGAGGGAAAUCCAACGGUACCAACAGCGGUAACAUCACGAGCGAACUAGAUCGAUUGAAAGCUUCGAUCCGCCUGGAACGGGACGAUCUGUUCAACAUAUGCCCGAUUCUGUUGGCGCAGUUGGCAUCGAAAACGUCCCGACAGCGUGCCGGGUGCAUCGAUCCGAAUGUGGUUCCAGAUCUGGCCAACUGGACAGGUGCAACGGCGCUGUAUCCUUCGAAGGAGCACGUUGGGGAACACGGAGAUGACACGAUCGAGAUGGCGGUCUGGAUCUACUCCACGUUGGCCGUGUUGGGUGUCAGUUUGUGUGGUUUAUUGGGCGUGGCUGUGAUACCUUGUAUGGAUAAGCACUUCUACCAGCAUGCACUGCAGUUUCUGGUGGCACUGGCCGUGGGGACACUUUGCGGGGAUGCUCUGCUUCAUUUGCUUCCGCACGCCAUGAUGGCAACGACGAUGAAGAAUUCACACGACGAAAUGAUGUACAAAGGUUUGGCCGCCGUUGGGGGCAUCGUAUUCUUCUACUUUAUGGAGCGGAUUCUGACGGUGGUGGCCGAGUGGUACAAACACCAGGCGAAGAAGGACAAACCUUCCUCGCGGGUCAGGGUUAUGCGAGAACCCGAAUCCAGUUCCUUGCAGCAUGCCGGAAGUGGCGAGAAGCAGUGCAAGCACAAGUACAGUUCCUAUCCCUAUUGCUACGAUGAGAUCGCAACGGAAACCAAGGAUGAUCACCACGAGCACAACCACAUGGAGAAUCACCACCACAACAAUCAUAACAAUACGACGGCCAAGUGCGCCAACAACCAUGGCGGAGAACACGGAGGGGAACAUGCUGGAGAUUACGUCGGUCUUCAUCACAUCAGUUCCAAGGACGAUUCCACCAUUCAGGACAACAAUACCGUUUCGACGAAUUUGGAUGACGCGUCGAUCGAGAGCGAACCCUCCAAGCCGAAACUGCAACCCGAGAGCUAUACCAUCAUCCUGCGGGAACACGAAACGAAGCACCACGGACACACCCACAUGCACGGUCACGUCCACUCGCCACCGGGAUCGCUGUCAGCGGUCGCCUGGAUGGUCAUCAUGGGCGAUGGGCUACACAACUUCACCGAUGGAAUGACGAUCGGGGCUGCGUUUGCGAACAACAUCGCCGGUGGAUUCUCCACGGCCAUUGCCGUGUUCUGUCACGAACUUCCGCACGAGCUAGGGGACUUUGCGGUGCUGCUGAAGGCGGGAAUGUCCGCCCGGGAUGCCGUGUACUACAAUCUGCUGUCGUCCAUUCUGAGCUUCAUCGGCGUGAUGAUCGGCAUUGUGAUUGGGCACCAGCCGGAGGCGUCGGCAUGGGUGUUCUCGGUGGCCGCCGGACUGUUCCUGUACAUUGCGCUGGUCGAUAUGAUUCCCGAGCUGACGUCCGCUCACGGUGCGGAGGACCGCUGCAAAACGUCCGAGUUCCUGCUACAAUUCUUCGGCAUGACUUCCGGCUUCGGCAUCAUGCUUCUGAUUGCGAUGUACGAACAUGAUCUCAAAGAAAUGUUCGUCGAUUAGAUUUAAAACUGAGCUGUCGACAGAAAAAAAAAUAGGAUAAACCACAACUCACAAUACAAUAGAACUUCACUACUAUUAGGAUGUGUCUCAAAUGAUUGGCCACUACCGGAACCGGGCCAGAGCAGGUAACUCGAGUUUGUAAAGAGAGAGAGAGAGAGAGAGAUCGAGAGUGUGACCUGUAGAAGUGAUUGACAAGAACCAUUGUGCAUCGGUCGGGGAACUAUAGAUUUAAGCGUGUUUGACUUCGGUAACACUUUUGAGAAUUGCGAGGCGGCCCUCCCUCCAAGAAGGGAAGAUGAGAUAAACUUCCAACCGGAACUAGUGUACAUAGAUCGAAUACGUGUGUAACGAAUUUCAGUUUUGACUUGAAAGUUAGUAAGCUAAAAGUAUUAGUCGCGGCUUUUCAUCUUGCUCAGAUUUUAUUUUUUUUAAUGACCAAAAAACAUCAAUUUCUACUGAUAAGGAAUUUUCCACUAUAAUUUUUUGCUAUUAUAAUUUCUUAUAAUUAUUUUAAUUAAUACAGUCUAAAUUUUACACUUUUGUACAAAACCAAUAACACAUUUUUAACUACGAAAAGGACAGUUCACUAUGCCAUUCACGACAUUCUCGCUAAACCUAGAGUUUCGUACCGACAAUUAUGUGACUUAACGGGGAGCUGCUUGAGCUCCCCCCCGGUAUUUACAGAUUCACUGUUUAAUCAAGUUCACUUGCCAAUAAUGUUCCAUCUGAUGGACGCGACACUGGUGGUAAACAUCCCUCCCCUCCCAUUGUGCACUGUUAAAUAGCCGUUAGAGAGAUACUUACAUAGAAACUACAAGCAUUUACUAAUUGAAGAAAGUUUUCUUUCUUUGUGAUUCUAAUUUCGAUUCUGAACAACAGCGUCACUGCUGUUCAUCUUUUAUCUACGCAAAUCUUUUGUUUCUAGCUCCUAAGUAGGUACGUAACAAAUUUUAGUGACCUCUUUUUUCUGCAGAAUGUGCUAACUUUGAUCAGAGUAUUAGGAUUGUAAGUUGGUUGCAAGAAUAGGUUAGGCAACAGGGAGUGGUGACGAAUGGUGAUGAAAUAUCGUCAAUUUUCGAUGAAAUGAAUUUGUCUUUUUCUAGACCACACACACGCACUUUACAGAACCGUGUAUUCAUCAGCUUCUGAAUGAUGGUUUACUUAAGUAAGAUUACAGCCGUAAUAAAUACACACUCUUUAAGUAGGAUCAA